AACCCGUCUCUUGUCCCUCUGUCACGCUGACCCGUCGGAAAGAAGAGACUAGAACCUCUGUAAUGCUCCAGUAUAUAUACCCUUCAAGUAUGGCGAAUGUGAUCAACUUGAAAUCAUUGCGAUCACCUUACGAUAUUCAUUCCCCUCUUCUGUGCAUUUUCUCUUUAGCUGUUGCAUUCUCUCUUUAGCUGUCGCAUUCUCUUGCGCUUGCUUCGAGCCUUGUGUGUUGGUGUGUAGUGGUGUGGAGAAAUGGCAGACGUGCAGAUGGCUGAUGCCGAAACCUUUGCCUUCCAGGCUGAGAUUAACCAGCUUUUGAGUUUGAUCAUCAAUACUUUCUACAGCAACAAGGAGAUCUUCCUUCGUGAGCUCAUCAGCAAUGCAUCUGAUGCAUUGGACAAGAUAAGGUUUGAGAGCUUGACGGAUAAGAGCAAGCUCGAUGCCCAACCAGAGCUUUUCAUUAGGCUUGUUCCUGACAAGGUCAAUAAGACCCUCUCCAUCAUCGACAGUGGUAUCGGCAUGACCAAAGCAGAUUUGGUCAACAAUUUGGGUACCAUUGCGAGAUCCGGCACCAAGGAAUUUAUGGAGGCAUUGCAGGCUGGUGCGGAUGUGAGCAUGAUUGGCCAAUUUGGUGUUGGUUUCUACUCCGCUUACCUUGUGGCUGAGAAGGUCAUUGUGACUACAAAACACAAUGACGAUGAACAGUACAUCUGGGAAUCACAAGCUGGUGGUUCUUUCACCGUCACAAGGGAUGUUAACGGGGAGCAACUCGGGAGGGGCACCAAGAUUACCCUUUUCCUCAAGGAGGACCAGCUUGAGUACUUGGAAGAGAGGAGGAUUAAGGACCUUGUGAAGAAGCACUCUGAGUUCAUUAGUUAUCCCAUCUACCUGUGGACGGAGAAGACAACGGAGAAAGAGAUUAGCGAUGAUGAAGAUGAUGAAACCAAGAAGGAAGAGGAGGGAGAUGUUGAGGAUGUUGAUGAGGAGAAGGAGACCAAAUCCAAGAAGAAGAAAAUCAAGGAGGUUUCUCACGAGUGGCAGCUUAUUAACAAGCAGAAGCCCAUCUGGCUGCGCAAGCCGGAGGAGAUCACCAAGGAGGAAUAUGCAUCUUUCUAUAAGAGCUUGACCAACGAUUGGGAAGACCACCUAGCUGUCAAGCAUUUCUCUGUUGAGGGUCAACUUGAAUUCAAGGCUAUCCUUUUCGUACCAAAGAGGGCUCCAUUUGAUCUCUUUGACACGCGGAAGAAAAUGAACAAUAUCAAGCUUUAUGUCAGGAGAGUCUUUAUUAUGGACAACUGUGAGGAGCUAAUACCGGAGUACCUUAGCUUUGUGAAGGGAGUCGUUGAUUCUGAUGAUCUGCCUCUUAACAUUUCACGUGAGAUGCUCCAACAGAACAAAAUCCUCAAAGUCAUCAGAAAGAAUCUUGUGAAGAAAUGCAUUGAGAUGUUCAAUGAAAUUGCUGAGAAUAAGGAAGAUUACAACAAGUUCUAUGAGGCUUUCUCAAAGAAUCUAAAAUUGGGUAUCCAUGAGGACAGCCAGAACAGAGCAAAAUUGGCCGACCUGCUCCGAUACCACUCAACCAAGAGUGGCGACGAGAUGACAAGUUUGAAGGACUAUGUUACCAGGAUGAAGGAGGGCCAGAAGGAUAUCUAUUAUAUUACUGGUGAGAGCAAGAAAGCAGUUGAGAAUUCGCCAUUCCUAGAGCGGCUCAAGAAGAAAGGCUAUGAGGUCCUUUUCAUGGUGGAUGCCAUUGAUGAGUAUGCAGUCGGGCAGCUGAAGGAAUAUGAUGGAAAGAAGCUGGUUUCUGCUACCAAAGAAGGAUUGAAGCUUGAUGAUGAGACAGAGGAAGAAAAGAAGAAAAAAGAGGAGAAGAAGAAGUCCUUUGAGAACCUCUGCAAGACAAUCAAGGACAUUUUGGGGGACAAGGUUGAGAAGGUGGUAGUCUCUGAUAGGAUUGUGGACUCUCCAUGCUGUUUGGUGACUGGAGAAUAUGGGUGGACUGCAAACAUGGAAAGGAUCAUGAAGGCUCAAGCACUGAGAGACAGCAGCAUGAGCUCAUACAUGUCCAGCAAGAAGACUAUGGAGAUAAAUCCUGAUAAUGGCAUCAUGGAGGAGUUAAGGAAGAGAGCUGAAGCUGACAAGAAUGAUAAAUCUGUUAAGGACCUAGUGCUCCUGCUGUUUGAGACUGCCCUCCUGACCUCUGGCUUCAGCCUCGAUGAUCCGAACACUUUUGCUGCCAGGAUUCACAGGAUGUUGAAACUGGGUCUGAGCAUUGACGAGGAUGAGGCUGCUGGUGAUGAUGCUGACAUGCCUGCUUUGGAGGAGGAUGGUGCUGAAGAGAGUAAGAUGGAAGAAGUCGACUAGAGUCCUUCAGUUGAAGUGGUAUGUGUCGUUCAUGGGAGUCGCCUUAUAGAAAAUGGAGUCAAUUCUUGUCAGCUGCAUGGUCCGUGUCCGUGUUGUUGUCCAAUAGCUAUAAUAUGUGUUGAGGUGUGUUUCUGUGAGGAGUAUAUUUUGUACUUAGUGUUUUGAAUCUAAUCGAAUACAAUCAGAUUCUUCUCA